UUGAGACUUCCGCUUUGGUGCAUAACUCGUGCAAUCUAUUAACUUAUUGCUUUGACAAAAGCAUGACCCACUCGGAACGACAUCUCCAUAGCUUGUUUAGUUGCCUGUACUGAUCGAUCAGGCAGCUCAUAGACUUUAACAGCAGACAUAAAAGAACUGUCUAUUCACAUUGUUGGUCACACAAUGUCUUCACUUAAGCUGUUUAUUUUCAUCUUCGAGAUUUGCUUAUGGUUGCCAUGCACUUCAACACUUUCGCCUCGUAUAUUCGCAGCCUCAGAUUAUUUCAUCGUCAACGAUCAAGAAGUUAGACAACAAACAGCAGAUGAUCGUGGUGUUUUAAGGAAUCGUAGAACUACUUUAGACAAACUUCAACUUGUUGAUAAUGACGUGGUGCUUGAUCCGCCGAGAGCGGAAAAAACAUGUGUCUUGACUUCCAUACUAACAGCAAGUCAACCAAAAGACAGAAUGCCGUCACAUAAUCAUUUCCAGGAUGUCCACAAGGAAGCAGGCUUCCAUCACAUUCAUCGUGAUUACAUGGCAGUGCGACCACACUGUGUAUUUGACUUCAUCAUUCCUCAUCACAACUCGUCCAAAGAAACUCGCUUGCGCGGAGAAUUCUGCAUCCCCGAGCAUUUAACUGGUGGGGCAGCGGUUGGUGACUAUGACAACGAUGGACUUCAGGACAUCUACUUUACAUUAUUCCAUAAGACAAGUGUUCUAUAUCGAAACAACGGUGAUGGAACGUUCACUGACGUCACCAAGGAUGUAGGUCUCGGUCCCAGUCGCUGCGCGAGUGGUGCAGGAUGGAUUGACGUUGAUGAAGAUGGUGAUUUAGACUUGUAUGUAACUACAGUGGGCGACAGUAGACACUAUCUCUACAUCAACUAUGGUGGUUUCUUUGUUGAAGAAGCUGAAAAAAGGAAUUGUUCCUUGGUUUUUCCAAACAAAAGAAAACUUGCUGGCAUGACCCCGAACUUUGGAGACUUUGACAGGGAUGGCUUCCUUGAUAUCUAUGUCACAGAGUGGAUUCUACACACAGUAGGAAAGCCCUCCGCAUCCCGUCUAUUGAGGAAUAAAGGAUUUGUUAAAGCUGGCUAUUUUGAAGAUAUAACCGAUCAAGUUGGGCUAAAUAUGGAUGGAUAUCGAGGUGGAUCUUCUCUCAACCGUGGAACUCACACAUUUGGAGCCUCAUUCACGGAUUUUGACGAAGAUGGCUGGCCGGAAUUACUAGUCACGGCAGAUUAUGGCGACAGUAAAAUGUUCUGGAAUAAAAAUGGGAAGAGCUUCGUCGAGUGCACAGAAAAAUGUGGCUUGAGAGGAGAACAGGAUGCAAUGGGUCAUGCUAUUGGAGACUGGGAUAAUGACAGCCAUCUUGAUUGGUUCUCUACAGCUAUUUUCCAUAACCAAACAGAUUGUUCUAUUACUGGAUGUGUCUUUGGUAGUGGUGGUAACAGGCUGUAUCGAAACCAUGGCAACCGAAGGUUCGAUGACGCCACCGAUAAGGCCGGUGUUCGAAAUGGUGGAUGGGGAUGGGGAGCUGCUUUCAUUGACUUCAAUAACGAUGGAUAUCUAGACGUAGUCAUGACCAACGGAGUCGACUUUCCCUCGACCACAACGGAUGACCAUUUCCAGAAGCAAAGUAUGAUUCUCUGGCAAAACCUUGGUCCAGGGUACAAUGGAUCAACAAAAGAGGUAUCAAAUGCAGUUGGUUUAAAUGCUACUGGUCAAGGGAGAGGUCUGCUGAAGUUCGACUUUGACGACGAUGGUGAUGAGGAUGUUGUAGUUUGCAACAACCUUGGUCCCCCUCAGCUGUAUGACAACAAGGGUGGUAACAAGCGAAACUGGCUCAAAGUCCGUGUUGUACACAACUGUUUGACAUUCAGUGAUAAACUCUGUGAUAGUUACGGUGCUCGUGUACAGGUCUUGACGUCCAGCAACCAUAUACAGACGAAGGAGGUUGGUUCAGACACUCAUUUUCUAGGUCAGAGUGAAAUAACAACGCACUUUGGUUUGGGCUCAGAAAGUGGCAAUGUCGAUGUUAAAGUCACGUGGCCUGGUGGGUUAUUCGAAGUGACCGUUACAGAUGUACAGCCCAACAGAAGGAUCAGAGUUAUGAAACCAAGUCUACAGCUUGGUGGCAAACAAUCUACUUCUUUCAAGAACUUAACCGUAUGUUCAACACUAAGGAUAAUUGCCAUUGAAAAGCAGCCAUCUCAUGCCACAGUCGUCAUCAACCCAGACGGAAGAUCUGUUUCUUUUAAAAUCGAUGAAGGUGUUAACAUGCGCAGUCUCAAUAUGGAGACUUUCGUCUAUCGAGUAGCACUAGUACAGGGUGAUAAUACUACCCUGCUUAAUACUACCACCACGGCAUUUGUUGUGUUUCAUUAUAACGAUAGUGAUGGAGGAUCAAACAGUGGAGAAUGUGUUAAUGGUAGACAUGCUGGCUCGAAACCAACACCAACCAAUAAAAGGCGUUUUGAUGGCAUUUCAAAUAACCAAAAAAAUGUCUUCUGGGGUGCAAAUAUGGAAGACCUAACACGUGACAUUCCUGCAGCCUAUGAGGACAAGCUUGCUUCUCUGUCAGGUACAUGCACCAUUCAGCAGAGGAAAUUAGGAACUUGUACGUUCCCGGAUGAACUGAAUGGCAUUGGUUCCAAUAGACCAUCACCCAGAAAUAUAAGCAACGUUCUCUUUUAUCAGGUUAAAUCCAAGAUCAGUUCAAGACGGCUCAGUGAUAUGCACGCCCAUUUUGGUCAGUUCCUCGCUCACGAUACAGAUUUUUCCAGUCCAUUGCCGCGUUUUGAGUUUGAUGGACAGCUAAAUGACGUUUGGUUGCCUAUUUCAGUACCAAAGGGAGAUGUUCACUUUGACCAACGUGAUAAAGGAACAGAGUACCUCUCGUUUGUUCGUUCAACAUUCAACAGAUGUACUGGUAGAAACCAUGGUACUCCACGCCAACAAAUCAACAAGAUUACUUCGUACAUUGAUGGUUCUGUAGUGUAUGGAGACAGCGAAGGUAGAAAUGCUCACCUCAGAACCAAACAAAAUGGAAAGAUGAAGCUUACAAGAAAUGGAAUCAUACCGUCUAAUUCAAUGGGAAUCGCCAAUGACAAUGUGGUUGGUCGUGAUGCCUCUAGACUCCUAGUUGCCGGCGACACACGAGCUAACGUACAACCAGGUCUUAUUGCUCUACACUCAUUGUUUGUACGUGAACAUAACCGACUAUGUGACGAGUAUCUGAAAACGCAUCACAAGGUAUUAUAAAUGUUGAUUUGAGCGCCUAAACUAGUUAUGGGGAAUAUACAUUCAUUGUAACUGUAACUACAACCUUAUUCAAAAAUCUUUGUCAUCUCCAAACACUAUAGGCAAUAGGAGAUAGGCGAAAAGCGAAGAAUGA